AUGCCUCACCGAGGCGCUCCGGGGCUGCAGCCUCCGCAGCGGUGGCGGCGGCGGGAACGGUGGGAGGGGGACGCGGGGGGGACGAGGGCCGCCUGGGGCCUGAGAGAGGAAACAGUGGAGGCAGCAGGGCAGGUCACCCGGGGCGUCAGCGAUUAUAUUGCAACUGAGCCGGCGUGCGCCAGGAUAGACCGGGCGGGCGGGGGCUGGGCCGAGCUGGUACAAUAUCCUGACUGUAAAUCGUCCAGUGGUAAUAUUGGCGAGGACCCAGACCACUUAAAUCAGAGCUCGUCUCCUUCUCAAAUGUUUGCCUGGAUGAGACCACAAGCUCCAGGUAGAAGAAGAGGAAGACAAACCUACAGCCGUUUCCAAACUCUAGAGCUGGAAAAGGAAUUCCUUUUUAACCCCUAUCUGACCAGGAAAAGAAGAAUUGAGGUUUCACAUGCUCUCGCUCUCACAGAGAGGCAGGUAAAAAUAUGGUUCCAGAACAGGAGGAUGAAGUGGAAAAAAGAGAACAACAAGGACAAAUUCCCAAUUUCUCGGCAGGAGGCAAAGGAUGGAGAAACCAAAAAGGAAGCCCAAGAACUGGAGGAAAAUAGAGCCGAAGGCCCCACAAAUUAA